UUUUAACUUUAGAUACAUUUGGGAAAACUUCUUGAGUUACAAGCAAAAGUUGGAACUCGUGUUGUUCAGGAAACUGGUGUCACCGAAACUCGAGAGUGGUUCCUGAAUGGCCCGCGGAAACACCGCGCCGCACCCUUCUGAUCUGCUGCGAGGCGACAUCCAAUCAGAGCAGGGCUCGGGGUCGAGCCCAGCCUGUAACGGAACUCGUGGACGCGCUGCAGGUAAAGGUGUGUGUUGUCCGGCAGUUUGAAGGAGAGCGAUCCAGACCACGCAGGGGAAAGUUCAUUCAGCGUCACUGCUGAAGAUGGAGUGACUGCAGGACACAUUCACACCAUCAACUUUAAGAGCAGAGGCUGCCCCCCCCCCCCAUCCCCUGCUUCUCCUUUCGACUGCAUCUGGAUGGAUUGAUAUUCACAUCGAGGUUGCUCAGGGCUUUUAGGCGUGUGCGCAAUGGAGGUGAGCACCGCGCGUCGAACGGGACUUGUACUCAUCGUUUUCGCGUGUUCAAGUCUCCUGCAUGGCUCCAGAGGGGAAAACUCACCCAAACCAACCGGCAGUGUCACGCUCCUGCCGCCGAUUGUCCCCGAUGACGGCCCGCAGGCCUUCCCCGACGCGGAGAAGGCGAAUAUGCCAGUGUUUACAAUGGAUUACCCCAGAAUACAGAUCCCAUUCGAGAUCACCAUGUGGAUCCUGCUGGCUUCAUUCGCGAAAAUUGGUUUCCAUGUGUACAACAAGAUCACCGUCUGGGUGCCGGAGUCCUGCCUUCUGAUCACCAUCGGUCUGAUCGUAGGGGCCAUCAUGCACUCCGUCCACGAGGAGCCGCCUGCUGUGCUCAACAGCAACGUCUUCUUCCUCUACCUGCUGCCCCCGAUUGUCUUGGACUCGGCCUACUUCAUGCCCACCAGGCCUUUAUUCGAGAACAUCGGCACGGUGCUGUGGUUUGCAGUGGUCGGCACGCUGUGGAACAGCAUCGGCAUCGGCAUGUCUCUGUUCGCCAUAUGCCAGAUCGAGGCGUUCGGCGUGCAGGACAUCAACCUCCAGGAGAACCUGCUGUUCGCCGCCAUCAUCUCGGCCGUGGACCCCGUGGCCGUGCUGAGCGUGUUCGAGGACGUGUCCGUGAACGAGCAGCUCUACAUCGUGGUGUUCGGAGAGUGCCUCUUCAAUGAUGCGGUCACUGUGACUGUGUGCGUCAGCAUGAGCGCUUCAUGGUUGUGUGUGUGUUUUCAGGUGUUGUACAACAUGUUCAACUUUGUGGCGGAGAUGCCGGUGGUGGAGCCGGUGGACGUUUUCCUCGGCGUGGCGCGGUUCUUCGUGGUCGGGCUCGGCGGGAUGGGCUUCGGCAUCCUGUUCGGCUUCACGGCCGCCUUCACCACGCGGUUCACCUCCAGGGUCCGAGAGAUCGAGCCGCUUUUCAUCUUCAUGUACAGCUACCUGGCAUAUCUGGUGGCGGAGCUCUUCUCCAUCUCAUCCAUCAUGGCCAUUGUGACCUGCGCUCUCACCAUGAAGUACUACGUGGAAGAAAACGUGUCCCAGCGUUCCUGCACAACCAUCCGCCACGUGGUCAAGAUGCUCGGCUCCAUCUCCGAGACCCUCAUCUUCUUCUUUCUGGGGGUCGUCACCAUAACGACCGAACAUGAGUGGAACUGGGGCUACAUCCUGUUCACGUUGCUGUUUGCGUUCGUCUGGAGGGGUCUGGGUGUCUUGGUGCUGACUCAGAUCAUUAACCCUUUCCGCACCAUCCCAUUCAACAUGAAAGAUCAAUUCGGUCUGGCCUACGGUGGCCUACGAGGUGCCAUUUCAUUCGCCUUGGCCUUCACACUUCCCGAGAACAUCGGCCGCAAGCAGCUCUUCAUAACGGCCACCAUUGCUGUCAUCCUCUUCACCGUCUUUCUCCAGGGCAUCAGCAUCCGACCUUUGAUUGAGUUCAUCAACGUCCGCCGAACCAACCGCAAUCUUGACACCAUCAAUGUGGAGGUCCACUGCAGGCUCAUGGAGCACACCAUGGCUGGCAUAGAAGACCUCUGUGGGCAGUGGAGCCACUUCUACUGGAAGGACAAGUUUAUGAAGUUCAACAAUCGGAUCCUGCGGAAGAUCCUGAUCCGAGACAACCGGGCCGAGUCCAGUAUCGUGGCGCUGUACAAGAAGCUGGAACUGCAGAGCGCCAUGGAGAUCCUGGACACCGUGUCGGGAGACAUCAGCGCCGCUCCGUCCGUUGUGUGUCUCUCUGAGGACAAGAAGGGCUCGGCUAAACCGAGGAAGAAGUUCCUGGCUCCCGAUCUCAAGAGCAUGCAUGAGAUCCUGUCCAAGAACAUGUACAAGAUCAGGCAGCGGACGGUGGCGUACACAACUAAGCACGCGCUGCCCAACGAAAGCCAGUCCAGAGAGAUAUUGAUACGACGCCACGCCAGCAUCCGCCGCAGCAUCCGCCCGGGCAGCUUUCAGUCCUCGACGCCAUCCAAAUCCCACAAAUACUUCUCUCUUCCUGCUGGGAAAAAUCUGGACUCAAAAUUCCCCCCUGUGAGGCAGAGCGAUACAGAUGAUCAGGAAACGAUGUCGGAGGCGGCCUACCCCUCCAGGCACUCUCGGUCCGUCCAGCCCGUACGCUCCUCCUCCUCCUCCAGAGCCAUGAUGCCUCUCCGCAGGCUGGACACCCUGACAGAGGUGCACUCUGUCGACAUGGUGGACGAGAGCUCGGGGCAGGACCGGGGCAGGCCGGGGCGUGGCACGUCCAGGACAAACUCCGCCUCCGGCGAUCCCCAGAUUCCUGUUCGCCACCGGCACGGCGACAACGAAAGUGGCUCGGCCGAUCGCUCGGCGGAAGAGGAGCAGCGGCCUUCGCUCGCACCUCCCAGCUGGGCCGUGGAACCCCGAGACGAGGCAGCCCGGAACCCUCUGCUCCGACGGCCGCAGUGGAACUCCAAGGUGUGAACGUGGCCUUUCAAGAGAAUUUGGACACUCCGGUGUGUUCAUACCACCCAAGGACCAAAUAAAGGACCACUGGAGGGCCAUUAAGUUCCCCCAAAGUGGACAGUAGUCGGAGGCGUCGGCCACACCAGAAGCCCAGUGCACGAUAGUGAAGCGCCUGAAGAUGAACGGUCAGUCGUGACUCUUUCUGCAAAUCAUAUCCGUGCCGUUAUUUCACAUCAACAUGAAUUUCAAUACUUUAUCUUUUUGUAGAGUUUUUAAAACUAUGUAAUUUAAAUUAUUUUAUUUGUAGUCUCCCUUUUUUGUACUUUGUUGCCUAUUUUGUGUGUGACAGUUGUACAAUGGAGGAUACAAGAUGUAUUUUUAUAUAUAAGCCAUAUUAGUUUAACAUGAGGAACUAUUGCUGUGCAGUACAAAGUACUCUUGGGACGAACUGGAGGUCUUUUUUUAUGUCCGUUGCACUGAUGGACCAAAUAUUGUAUUCUUUCUGUAAUAAAUGUUCUAUGUUGGAAGCUGA